CUCCCAGUUCCUACAAGCACAACUCCCUGUCCUCCAUCGAUCAACCCGUGCUGCUGGCAGUACUUGCUUCUUUCUCAAGUCCUCAUAUCGAUUCUUCACGCGCGCACUCCAAUACAUCAUGGCCCAGGGUCUUCUGAAGAAAAGCAAGCCCGCCUCGGCAACCGCCAAGCGGGCUUCGGUUGCAGCGCCCAAGAUGAAGCGUGGUCCGCGCCAGAUUGCGCCGAAGAAACAGGCUCUUAUUCGACAGGCUAAGAUGACCAAGAAACUCACCUCUGGACUGGUCACGAAGACGGAACGCAGUCUUGCGACCAAGGCGGGUCAUUUGGAGUUGUUGGCUGGUGGUAAGAAGGACAGGAUGGACAAGGCCAAAAAGGAGGCCAGUAAGAAGAAAUAAGUUGUGCACGCAGGCACUGGAUCCUUUUUUGGGUCUUGGAUCUUUCUGUGUUGGACUGGAUAUGUCUGCCGUACGGACCUCAAUCUGUCCGUGUCUAGGUCGUGCUAGCGAUGCCCAUCUUAUAAAUGUGAUACCCCCGUU